CAUCAUGGCCGCCGCAAAUGAAUCUCACUCGUCUCAAAUCUCCAUAAAGCAAGUAUCCCCAGAAAAAGGAAAAGGCCUUUUUGCUAAUACAAAUUUCAAAGAAGGAGAUAUUAUUUUUGAGGAAAAGCCAUUGGUUUGCUGUCAGUUUUUGUGGAAUGCUUUGUACAAAUACACGGCUUGUGGCUUUUGCAUGAAAUCUCUUGAAACAGCUGAGCAAAUGGCGCGUAGGCUAACAGGAAAUGCGACCUUGGAAUUGCCACAUGCAGCCAAGUGCUGUGAAAUCGUGCGCUCAGGACAGAAAGUAGUUAACUGCCACCGCUGCCAGGUAUUUCUUGUACUUAUUAGUUGCAGUCUUUUUAAUUUGUACUACUUUGUAUUUUAUAUUUUGGCUAAUUUGGCCACUUACGAUCCGGCUAGCCUCCCCCGCAGACGUUUUUAGGGGAGAUCGUAUUUCUUCCCUCCCCUAAAAACGUCUGCGGGGGAGGCUACGAUCCGGCCAGAGUAUUCGGAAAUCAACCGAUGCACGUGGUGUACAUGUACUAGUAAUCGAAAAUUGUGGUGCGUCGCCCCAGGGAAUUACACACCUAGCUGGGAUUGCAUAAAUAUAGUCAUUGCUUUUCUGAUCAAAAAGCGUUGAUUCACAUCGAUAGCUCCUUUUUAUCGCUAUGUAAUUCUGGCUUGAUAAGCAGUGAAGAAAUGCAUGCAUAAAAUCAAGAACUUUCCUUUUUAACCCUUUACAAUUUUUUUCCGUCCUUGACAGAUGAGCCAAUCUGCUUGCUUUUCCAAUAAAAUCCUCUGUGUAGUUAUAUUCUGAUAGGAAAUCACAUGCAUGUCCAAAGUUCGGGGGUGGUCCCAGGCUGGUAAUGCCCGACCCCUGGGCAGCACCCAAUUUGCUAAUGCCUUACCCCCCAGGACUGACAAGACUGGCAAAUGCCCCUCAGGAGCCCAGCGGGAAGGGGGCUGGGUGCAGCUAGAAUUGACUGAUACGUAAAACCACAAGGAACAUUAUGAAACAUUCUGGGCAAGAUGGUAUUGAGACUUCCAAGAUGCUAUUGUGACAUUUUAAGAUGGUGCAGAUUUUGAACUGAGAACCUGUUUUCUUGAUUUCUCAGGCUUAGGAACACUUUGCACAGACUGCCCACAAAAUCACAGAACACCCAAAGACUCAAUUAGGGAGUGUUUACCUCACUGACAUAACUAAUGACAUUAAGUUGAGGGUUCUUUUUAAAUUAGGUAAUUACCAGACAUACACAAAAUAUUAAUUAUAAACCGACUGCGAAGGGAGUGCUUAUUAGAAGGUGGCUUUCAUACAUUGUACUAGGAAUUUCAACCUCAAGUUGACAUUAAUGUCAUCUUACAGUUUUUGUCUGCUCAUUUUGUAUUGUUAAGAACUUUCAACUUAAAUCUAACAUUUGUAGGUUGCCAUGAACAUGUUCUAAAUCUCUGUAUUGACAUCUUUUACUCCAAAUAAUAAGGUGACUUUUGCAUUGCAAUCUUUAGGUGACAUAUUGCAGUGAAGAAUGUCAACAGACUGCUUGGGAACAGUAUCAUAGAAUGCUUUGCUUAGGAGAAAAUCAAGGGGAUCCUAGUCAUCCACUUGAACAGCUGCAAGAAGCAUGGAGGUUAUUUUCCUGAUAAGAACAUUUACAAAGUUAAUACAACUUUUUUUAACUUUUUCUUUGUCUUUGGUGUUUUGUAAUUAUAAAGGAUUUUGUUAGGUGGUGUAAAAUGAUUGUGAGAAGGGGCAGAAAUCUUAAUGUGAAGAAGGUAUACUCUCUAAGUGGUAAUCUCUAAUAUGGUCUUCAAUAGUGGUAUGCUAUCUCCAACUAAGCUGUCGUUUGAGUUGCCAACUUAUCAUAAAAGAAAUCCCAGCAACUCUGUACAAGGCCACAGGGGUUUGAUUGGCUACUGUUACGUACUGUACCAGUCAAUUUUAACACCACCCAUCCCCUGGUCAUUUGACUGGAGUUUUGCUUCAUAGAGUUGGUGAAUUGACCCAAAAUGAGGGCAGUUUUGUUAUUCACUAGUACAUUAUUUAAUGUAAAAAAAGGAUAGCUUACUCUUUUAAUCAUUUGUCUGAAGCUCUUUUGACAUUUGGUAAUGGAUGAUUAAUCAGGAAGAUGCACUAUCCCCCAGAAACAGCAAGUUUGAUGCUCAUUGCGCAGAUGAUUGCAAAGGUUUUGCAGGUAAGUUUCACCAAGUCUACCCAGCCCUUUAUCUGACUCCAACCAUUUUAUGCUGCUGUCCCCAUACAGUCAAACUUUAUCUGGACCUUGAUUAUUUAGAGUCCUCUAAUCCCAAUACAAGAUUUUGAAGAUCCAAGGAUAUGAUUAUUUUGGGUUUGUUUUCCUUUUAAAGAACAUAGGUAAGGUUUGUGUACAUUGUGUAGUGAAGUUAAAGAAUUUGUGACACUUUGUACAAUGAAUCGUGACUUGUUAAUCUUGAGUGAACAAUAGAUCAAUUACUAGCUUGAUAGGAACCGGAAAUAUGAUCCCUAUUGUGUAAGCAAGCGUGCAAAAAUGUGCAUCGUGUAAAGUAGAUAGUUAGAUGUGCUUUCCGAUCGGAAUAGCGUAAAAGCUAUAAGCUACACCCUUUAAACUGGUAGGAUUUUGUGUAGGAUGGAAUGAUUACUCAAACCUAGCCGCUCAGGAUUGACGUAAGUAAUGUAGGUGUAAUAGUGUUUUAAGCUUUCAAUUGAAUUAGGGUGUUUACUAGAAAGGAAACCACAUGCAUUCCCUACUAUAUUUUCCCACAUAUGAUUUAGCUACCAAUAUGUAAAGUACCUUGAUUUAGCAAUAAACGAUGAAUGUGAUCAGGACUUGAGUGUGUGCAAGUCUCUUAGAGUGCUGAUAGCCCGAAACCGGCUAGGUCUAGAGAUACUCAAGCAGUCAACACUUAUCUGUUGGCCACGAAAUCAACUCCCGUUUACAACAGUUGUAAGUAAUGGAGCACAUUUAGCUGAUUGCCAAACUUCGGUACCACAGAUACAUUGUAGUAAGUACGCAAAUGUUAGCAGGUGUUGCUGGACAGUUAUCUGUGGAAAAUGGUGAAAGUAGCACCCAGAUAUCAUAGUUCUAUUGUGCAACUUGCAAGAAUCUUUUAUGUGCUUGUAGGCACCAGAUCCUGACAAGAUGAAGUGCAUAUUUGAAUCUUUUUGCCAUUCCGUAGUCAACAAAGGACAACAGAUUGUACAUAAGUUAUUAGGAGAUGAGUUCAAGGUUAGAAAUUAGUGCUAUGUUUCAGACAUGUAUUUACAACAAGAAAUAUUAAGCAAUGUUACUCGGUGUUUGUUAGUUUAAGUAGUUGAUACCCACCCUGUCAUUUUAGAAGUUUUUUGUCCUUCUCAUUAAGUAUCCAAUUUGUCAUGAAUUCACCACACUUGAUUGUUACCUGUGUUAUUUUGUUAAAAUUUCUCUUAAAAUGUUUUUCUGUCUUUGUUGCUUUUAGGAACAGUUAGACAUCCUGCGAAUGCUUUUAUCCAAUGCUCUCUUUGAUGAGAAGUUGGAACAGGUAUGAAAUUGAAUUUUAAAAACUCAUCAAUAAUUCAUAAAGAAAAAAAACAAAAGAAAUUAAUGUUUAAUGAGUGUCUUUAUAUCUGAUAAAGACAUGGCUAAACUCUAUGUCCAAUUUUUUUGGACCAAAAUAACCCCAGAUCUAAAUAUUAGUACAAGAGUGAGUUGAUCUAUAUCAGGUGAUACCUGAUAAUACACUGCGGGUUGUUUUUUAAACAUUACUUGAAGAACUCUGUUUUCUUGAUUGGUAUUAAUGGAAAAGAUGAGUGGCGAUUCCUGCCUUCAGUUUUCAUUUGCACCAAUGAGUAAUAACUUACAAUGUACAAAAUGACAUCCAUUUCCUAUCUAAUUUGAUACAGUCAAAGAACUAAUUUUCUUGUGGGAGCAGUAAGGCUUAAUCAUCCUUUUUUAACACCAAGUAAUUUGAACUUACUGGAUUUCAUUUCUUGAUCACUCAAGCGAUUUUCAUGAGAUGUUUUUUGUCAUUAGUGAUUGAAAUAGCCCAUGGUUCAGGAGUUCGCCCAGAUCCUGGGAUUGUGAGCCUCUGCACCUACUCUGAUUGAAACAGGAUGUAUAGAUUGCACAAGAAAUUGUCAAAUCCACAGUUAAUCUUCGUAUUUCUCAGCCUACUUCAAAAAUAAAAUAACAGCCCAUAUACACCUCCUUUCUAAAUGAACACCGGUCUGUAAAAAAAAAUACCCUUCCACCAGAUGAUACAAAAUUCAUAUUUCCUUUUUGCUGCAUCUUCUACAAAUACAGAACUUGGUUCUGUCCAUUUGCAACCCUUUGUUAAGGGGCAUUUAUUUUGAUCAUCAAUUUUAUAGUGGUUUAAACCAGAGGGCUUUCAGUCUCUGAUGGCACUUAUUGGGACUAAUGGACAAGGUAUUGGAACAAGGUAAGCAUGAUUAUUAGGUGAAACACAAAUAUGUGCUAGAGAUUUAAUUGACUGAAAAAGAAAAUCAACAGAUAUGUUCCAACAAAAUCAUCAUCAGUACAUGAAAAAACUACAAACAAAAUUAAUAUUUAAUGAUUGUGUAUAAAUAAUUAUGAUUAAACAGGGAAGAUUUUUUAGCUCCAAAUCCUUCUUACCAAAAGAGAUCAAAACAUUAGGGGAAAAAUAACAUGUCUACUGAAACACUUGAAAACUUGAAGCAGUUCUUCAAACUUUCAGCUUCUAGCUUUCAUUUUACCAAGUCUUAAACCACUAAGUAAUCAAGUCCCAGGAUUUCAAAGUACUGGAAACAAUUACUGUUUCCAGUACUUUGUUCUUACUGUGUUCGAAAAACAAUGGAACUGAAAAAACUGUAUCCUGUACUACUCUGAUGACAUGUUUAGCUGGAAAACAUUCAAAGUUUAAAGGGCAUUAGUCAAAUGUUCACAUAAAUAGUAGGCAACUGUUUUGCACCUUGAAGCAUCUGGCCUGAAAUAUUCUUUCCAAGUGUUAUUAAAUGUUAUUAAAGACGUUCUGCAGUUAUAAAAAUCCAAAAAUAAUAUCUUAGUCUUAAAGCAAGUGUGCUGUUUCUGAACAAGAAAAUAUUCCUGAAAAUGAAGUCAUUACUAAAUGAUUAGCAGAAUGCGCUGAUCAAAAAACAUAUCAACAUCUUAAACCUUUGGCAAGGCCGUUUCCAUUAAUAACUGUCAAACUUGAAAUGUUUGGUCUCCUGUUAGAGCAUGUUUUUUUGUCAAAUGUUUUUUAUGUCUUACUUAUCUUGAUAAAAACAAUUUGGAUUGCAGCUCAUUGAGCAUCUAUGUUAGUAACCUUGAAAACCUUUCUGAUACAUCUGAGGAUGAAGGACAAGCUCUAGACAUAUUCAUUGAUCAACUUUACGAGGAAAUGGAUAAAGGUACUUGAAGAAUUUAUAUUACUCAACAAUAAUAGUUUUAGUGGGUUUUAAGUUGGCUAGUAAAGUUAAAACUUUAGUAGCUUUGGUAAGCUUUAAUUUCCUUUCUAAAUUUUCAAUAAUCCUUGACUUUCUUAUCUUUGCUUUUUUUUCUUUUUUUGUACAGUUUCUGGUCAGUUUCUAAACUGUGAAGGCUCUGGAUUGUAUGCUCUUCAAAGUUCUUGUAAGUUCAACAGGAGUAAUAAGGGGACUAUAGAAAUUUGGAGGUUUGAAAUUUUUUAUCCGGGACAUAUUUUUAGCAAUGAAUGACUUACAGUCUGCUUAGAGACUGCAACUUUAAUGCUUGGUGAUUGAGGAGACCUGGAUGCAUAAAAUAUCUGCAAUUUUUUUUAAAUUGAUGUUUAUGAUUUUUUAGGGUUUACACCCUGGACUGUUGGACGUUUGGGAAUUUGGGGGUUGCCUAAUGGGACUUAAGGUUUUAUAACCUGCCAUGUGAAAACUAUGGUAACACUACACAUCUCUGUGCUACAUGUAUUAUGGCCAGUGCCUUGCACUUGCACAAAGCCAUAUUACCUGGGCAAUGGCAACCAUGGACAACUGUUUCACCCUCAACCUCAUUUGGACUUAUCACUUUGAAAUACCAUGAAAUUCUUAAAAUAAGCCCCGGGGCCUAUAUUUUUCAAAGGCCCUUUUUGAGGGGCUUAUGUACGGAGGGAAGUUUGCCUUUAAGAAUCGAUUGGGCUGUAGCCUAUAGUUGGCAGAUAAUUUACCUUUUUUGCUUUUUUUGCUUCGUAUUUUAGGCAAACUUCCAAGUACAAGCCCUCGCAGGGGCAAUUUAAUGGACGGUUUUUUGCAGUACAGGUUUGGGGGGCUUUUAUUUAGAGAGGCUUAUACAUGGAGGGGCUUAUUUUUGGAAUUUUAUGGUAUCCCAAUGGACAUCCCAUUUUCCCUUUACUGCCAGGGCAAAAGGCUACAAGUAGUGCAACAUUUUCUUCAGAAAGAGUUGAACAACCAAAUUAAAGAAGAGCACAUUAAAUCGCCAUGCACAAGAGAAAUGAGAUGCAGAUGAAGGAGGAAGGAGUUCCUUCUGUGUGUCACCUUCCUUGAGGGUUGUGAUUUUCAUGCGCACUUGCAUAUUUCAUUCGCUAUAUUAUCCUCGAGGAAAAUGAGGGACUAAUAAUUAUUGUAGUCAUUUAAAUGAUGAGCCCAAAUAAGGGAGAAACAGCUGUCCAUGGCUGCUAAUUCCCGUGUGAUAUGGCUGUGUUCCAUACUGUGGAGAGUGACCAUUGCUUUCAGAUGGUUUUGUUAUAACUUGGCCUAAUUUACACUUAUAUGUUUUAGGUAACCACAGCUGUGAACCAAAUGCAGAGGUUACAUUUCCAUUCAACAACUCAACACUAGUUUUAAAGGCACUUCACAGCAUUCAACCAGGAGAGGUACUAACACUUCACGUCAGACUUGAUCACUUAGCUACAUGGCUGACGUUGGGCUGGUAUAAUUUAUGGUACAACUAGUGGAUUUUAUUCUUUACAUGCUUUAUUAACAGCUUAUUUGCUAGUUAGCGGUACAAUUGACUGUUGUAAUUAAUUAUUGUGCUAUCUUGAAAAAAAAGCUCAUAUGUCAGUGUUCUGAGCGUAUGUUUCUUUGUGGCUUUGUUGCUUUGUCUGUUUGUCUAUGUGUUUCGCGGUGAUUCGUCUGUCAGUUGAUGCUAAGAACCAAUUAGAUUUUAGCAUCUAAACUUUACAGUUGAAGGUCAAACAAGGGCACUUUGAGACCGCCAUACUUCUGAUUCGCUAAGAAGUAGUGCAACAUUAUUUUUAACCAAUCACCAAGAAUGUUCAAAGUUGAGGCAAACUAAUCAUUGGACCACUGUAAAGACUUAACUGAAAACCGCUCUUAAAAAGUGAUGCAAAGUCCAGUGGUAUUAAAAAAACUAGUAACUUCCGCAUUUUCCAUAAUACACCUUGUUUGACCCCCCCAGUUUUUUUUUCUUCUGGGUAUGAAAGUCCUACCAAGAGAAUGUGAGGGGCUUCCAACAAGUUUGAGAUAUGGCAACUUUUUGGCAACUUCUCGUAUUUCCAGCAACUUUUUCCAUUUCGAGCAACUUUUUGCAUCCUGAGCAAUUUCUCUAGUUAUCUUCUAAUUCUGAGAUUUCGGAGCAGCUUUUAGUGCUUAAAUUGGCCUUUCUUCCCUAUUUCGCAAUGUUUUAGUUGACAAUUUAUGAAUUUCCUGUAAAAAAAGGAGCAAAAUCCUUCCCCCACCCCCCUAGGGCAGAUCCUGGGUGCAAGAUAUAAGUGCCUGGGCUGCUCGUCAGUGGUUGUUAGGGAAAAAUCAAAAUGGUGGACGAAGAUUCACAUCCAACUGACUUGAGUGUCUCGGGUGAAGAUCGUUGAAAAAUUUUAUUGGCUCAUCACAUUUUUUGGUUUUAAUUUGAGGACAAAGUUAUUUAGCAACGCUGGUUACGCCGGAAAACUGCACAAAAAUACUUAGAAAUCUUACUUUUGUUGUACAAUUUGUAUAUUUUAACAUCAGACAAAGGAAAGUUUUGCUUUUCGAGCAACGUUUGGGCAACUUCCGUUGCAAAAAGCAACUUUUGACCAACGUUUUGAGGAACUACGGGAAACUUUUUGGAAACUCUCGAGCAACUUGUGGAAAGCCCUAAAAAGACCCGUUUCGAAUUAUUAAAAUCCAUACUUGGCUCCGAGGCUGAAUUAAGGGAAUAAAACAAAAGAAAUGAAUUCUUCAUCCCUGAAUUUGCAUUCUAUUAAUUCGCAGGAAAUUGUGAUUUGUUACCUUGGAGAGUGUGACAGAGACAGAAGUCGUCAUUCAAGACAACGAUUACUCAGGUAUCUAUACCGGUUGUACAACUUACGUCUAUCAUAUUGCGAUGGAUGAUGGAUAUGAUGUACAAUGAACUGAAAAUGGCACUUUCGGCAUACGAGUUGCAAUUGUCGUGUGCUGAAAUGUAAAUGUUUUAACUUCAACAAGCGUUAAUAGGGAGCUAAAAUGGACCUUACGAAACUACGACGGCGAGGGCAACGGUAACGUUAAAAAGCAGUAGGUUUAUUUAGCAAAACAACAACUCUGCACGUGCAUCACGCUUUUCUGUACAUUUCUUUGCCGUCCCUGCACGACUACGACGUGAAAUGACCAAAUUUUAAGUUUUUUUGAGGACGGGAAUGGCAAGGCGAUUAAUUCUACCAUCUCUAUCUGAACUCGGGAGUGGCCCCCUCUCUUCAGCUCCAACAUAAAUUCCCCUCUUUUAAGUAACUGGGCAACUUGGGAUAAUCACGAAAUGGUUUGAAAGGAUGCGGAGUCUAUUUUUCAGGGACGUUUCCAUGGACGUCGCCGUUGUCGGAUCGUAAGGUCCCUAAAGCAGCAACGACGGCGACGGCUACGAAAACGUCACUUGAAAAGUGAAUUCGCGCUGCUUCAAACUUUAUCGCGCUUAUUCCAUCUCGUUUACUUCGUCAAAUGUUGGCAAAUGUUUUUGGAGUUCAAUUCUAAAGGACUGUAUCAAAGUUCAGGAAAAGAGAAUGAAAAUUGUUGUUUUGUGUUCCCGUCCUCGACAAAACGUGAAAUUAGGCGUUUCCACGUUGUAGUCGUGCAACGGCGGCAAAGAAAUGUACAAAAAAGCGUGAUGCACGUGCAAAGUUGUUAUUUUGCCAAUCUAAACCUAUUGGUUUAUUGCUGUUCUCGUUGCCGUCGUUGCUUAAGCUCCCUAAUAUAACUGAGGCUGUGGAUGAAAGCCUGUAAACAUUCAAAUAAUUCAAAGCUAUUGAGUUGUACUUUGCUGCGGUGCUGCGUAUUGUGUUGUACAUGGUGGUUCUAACGUUUUUCUCUGCGUAUGAAACUUAGGACCUGUUUACAUGGAGGUGGGGGACCCCAUGUAGGUGAGGUAACCCGCUAAGGUGGGGUAACCCGCCUGUCCAUACAAUCUCUCAUCACGUUUACAUGACAGGUGGGGUGACCCGCCAAGGCGGGUAGCCAGGUCUGCCAGACCAGGUAACCCUCGCAGCCGGGGUCAAAUUUUGCCAUGUAAACGUUUCAAGGUGGGGUAACCCGCCUAGCCGGGGUCGGAUUCGCGAUACUGAAUUCCCGCAAAAUUCACUUUGGCGGUAGCUUUGCAUCAUUAUUAAAGGUAACAAUAGAAAGCCACAGCACUGGAGCUUGCAGCAAGAGCAGCAAGCGAGUGUAAAAAAGCAUCAAUCACCAAAAAACGUGGUUCGCCAGCACAUUUCUUGUUUACGUGCUUAGCGACCAUUCAGUAAUCUUGAGAAAGUGCACCCGGGGAUGGCGGGGUUGUAAGAUUCCAUGUAAAGGAGGGUUAUUUUUUUACGCCACCGAAGGGGGUUACCUCACCUAUCUGGGGUCCCGCACCUUCAUGUAAAGAGGCCCUUGUUUAGGGCUUGUGUAAUGGCUGUCUCGUUCAGUUUGUUUUUGUUGCCAAUAGACCUUUUUACCGAUACGGCGGCCAUAUUGAACUAAUUCGAUUUAAGGAGUAUUAUAGGAUGCCCAGGGGGCAUGAGCACAUUUCGUUUGUGUUUUCGGGCGCUUUUCGGGACAUUUUUCCUAAAGUUUUCUUAGAAUAAGAUUGUAAUGGGAAAAAAGAUCCUUCUGCCGUGUUUGGAUGUAAUAAUGAUUGCCUUUUUCUAGUUAAGUAUUAGCAAUAUGGUCUUUGGGAAAAAAAUUUCUUGUGAAUGGCAAAAUCUUAUUUUAAGAAAAGUCUCAAGCGCUCGAAAAUACAAACGAAUGUGUGUCUAUAAAAAAAAUUUAUCAUCUAUUACGAGUCCUUAUUUGCUGCUUGUGAAUGACAAAAUGUCAGCUAGGUGUCAAACAAAUUUAUCUUCCAACCAUUAUGUCAAACGUUACAAACAAUAAAAAUGAACUUUAUAAAACCACAAUUGCAAUCCGUUUCAAUCUUCUUGAAGUUUGUCUACCGUUGCCUCCUUUUGUAAUUGCUUUCAUAUUUAUACCUUCUUUAAACGUUUUGAAUGGUUAUUUUUAUGUUUCACUCAAUUUGGUGGCGUUUCUUACUGUUUAAAUGUGUUAAAUUGCGUGACACAGCUUCUUUAAACAUUUUCAUUUGUCUGUAACAGAUUGAUUGUCCCGUUUCGUUAUUACACUACGUUAUGUUUACAGUACGCUAUUCUUCAGGGCAUUGCAGAUUGACCAUAUCGCAUGCGGCUUCUUGGGUUUACGCUGCGUUUUUUUUUAUGUAGAGAAAAUUACCUGUUUACCUGCACUUGUCCAAAAUGUGAAUCUGAAGCUGGCGAUCCAGACGUCACGUCAAGCGAAGAUGAAGACGAUUCAAUGGAAGAAGACGCCUAA